AUGAAGAAAAUUAGUCUUAAAACCUUCCAGAAAUCUUUUAACUUGAAUAAAAGUAAAGAAGAAACUGAUUUCAUGGUAGUACAAAAACCACCACUAGCCAGUGACUUUGGAAAAGAUGAUUCCUUAUUUGGUACCUGCUACGGCAAAGACAGGGCCAGCUGUGAUAUCAACAGUGAAGAUGAAAAAGGUGGCAAAACCAGAUCCAAAAGUGAAAGCCUGAUGGGUACGUUAAAAAGGAGGCUUUCUGCGAAACAGAAGCCGAAAGGUAAGGCCGGCACGCCCUCGGGGAACUCUGCCAAUGAGGAUACCCUCUCCUCCUCCUCAGCACCCAUAGUCUUUAAAGAUGUGAGAGCUCAGAAGCCGAUACGGUCCACUUCCCUCCGCAGUCAUCACUAUAGUCCCACACCUUGGCCUCUUCGACCUACAAACUCUGAGGAGACGUGCAUCAAAAUGGAGGUGAGAGUCAAAGCCUUGGUUCACUCUUCUAGUCCGAGUCCUGCACUGAAUGGUGUUGGGAAAGAUUUUCACGACCAUCAGUCUGAGACUGCGUGCCAGGAGCAGGCUAAUUCACUGAAGAGUUCAGCUUCUCAGAAUGGAGACUUGCAUCUCCACCUGGAUGAACAUGUGCCUGUAGUUAUUGGUCUUAUGCCUCAGGACUACAUUCAGUAUACCGUGCCUUCAGAUGAGGGGAUGUAUCCUCUGGAAGGAUCGCGUAGCUAUUGUCUGGACAGUUCUUCUCCCAUGGAAGUCUCUGCAGUUCCUCCUCAGGUGGGAGGGCGCUCUUUCCCUGAAGAUGAGAAUCAGGUAGACCAGGACCUAGUCGUGGUCCCAGAGAUCUUUUUGGAACAGCCCGUGAAUGGCUUGUUGAUUGCCACCACGGGAGUCAUGUUGCAGAGCCCCAGAGCGGGUCACGAUGAUGUUCCUCCACUCUCCCCAUUGCUACCUCCAAUGCAGAAUAAUCAAAUCCAAAGGAACUUUGGUGGACUCACUGGCACAGAUGUCCACGUGGCUGAAAGUAUGCACUGUCAUUUGAAUUUUGAUCCUAACUCUGCUCCUGAGGUUGCAAGAGUUUAUGACUCAGUGCAAAGUAGUGGUCCCAUGGUUGUGACAAGCUUUACAGAGGAGCUGAAAAAACUUGCAAAACAAGGAUGGUACUGGGGACCAAUCACACGCUGGGAGGCUGAGGGGAAGCUAGCAAAAGUGCCAGAUGGUUCUUUUCUUGUUUGGGACAGUUCUGACGACCGUUAUCUUUUAAGCUUGAGCUUUCGCUCCCAUGGUAAAACACUUCACACUAGAAUCGAGCACUCAAACGGUAGGUUUAGCUUUUAUGAACAACCAGAUGUGGAAGGACAUACAUCCAUAGUCGACCUAAUUGAACAUUCAGUCAGGGACUCUGAAAAUGGAACUUUUUGUUAUUCAAGGUCUCGGCUGCCUGGAUCUGCAACUUACCCUGUCAGACGGACCAACCCAGUGUCCUGGUUCAUGCAGGUGCGUUCUUUGCAGUACCUGUGUCGUUUUGUACGUCAGUGUACCAGAACAGACUUAAUUCAGAAACUGCCUUUGCCAAACAAAAUGAAGGAUUAUUUACAGGAGAAGCACUACUGAAAGAUUGGGAACCCUGCAUCUUGCACUUUGGGAAUAAGAAAAAGAGAUU